AUGAUCGUGUUCGCGAUGAUCUAUUGCGUAAAUGUUUUUCUGGGUUUCUUCGGUAACCUCUUGGUCAUACUGGUGGUAUCUAUUUAUCGAAGAUUUUACCACAUGAGAUACUUUCUAUUGGCCAGUUUGGCAUUUUCUGAUUUCCUCUUCACGAAUUUGAUAACCGCUUUUCGUAUGCUGGCCUAUGGUCUAGGUAAGUGGAUUUUUGGUUCACCUUGGUGUUAUGGUACAGCGUAUUUCGCCAGAUUUCUGCACCUCAGCACGGUACUUCAUCUGUGUGCUGUUUCGUACGAGCGAUACGAAGCCAUCUUUAAAAAUCCUCUGACCUAUGACGGCUGCAUCACAAAGAAAAGAGCCAUAGUAAGUAUAACGUUGAUGUGGAUCAUCCCCGCUGGUAUCUCUCUUGGUCCCUUUCUCGGAUGGAGUGACUAUGUGUACAACCCAGCAAUAAUGGUAUGUGAGCAGAAAUGGGACAUGGUAACAACACUGCCGCUCCUAGCAACAACAUUUCUUGUACCGCUUGGAAUAAUUGUCUUCCUAAACUACAGAGUCCUCAAAGUUGUCAGCAGACUUCAGAGUAGUUUCAAAAUAAUUCCAUUCACCGUUGAAGAACAACCAGGAACAGGACAUCCAGGGCAAAAUGUCCAAAACCAGUCCGAGAAGCAAGGCAAAGUAAAGAGAGAGCGAAACAUGCACUUUUCAGGCCUUUUGACAAGAAACGAGGAAGGCGAAACUAUCAAACAGCCUCGCAAACGUCAUGUAAUUAAGCAAGGGACUUUGAAUAAAGGCAGCGUUAAUGCAGAAGAAAGGCAAAAUCCCGCUUUCCAGGAAGAACCUGAAGAAAUUAGGGAGGUAACACACCAACCAGUCUUUGCUCAGAAAAACGAGGGAUCACCGGAAGUUCGGUGUAGCGGCCCAGUGCAAUGGGGUAGUAAAUGUAGUAAACGAACGAUGAAAGAGAUUGAAAGUGUGAAAGAAGGAUUCAACUCAACACUACAACCGACGAAUUCGUCUCCGAAUGACCAAAACAGUUGGUUCGAGGUUCACAUCGUAGAACAUGUUUCGCCUCAACAAACAACUAGCCAGGAGAAACAGCCUCACGAAGAUGACAGUGUGGACUGCAAAACAAUUCCACUUCAAAAGGGGGAGACUAAGAAAACCCAGAAAACGUUAAAAGGAAGCUCAAAAAGCAGAGUGUAUCAAGAAAACACUGGCAGCCUCUACAUCUUUCAAGGAACAACACUAGAAAACAAACGAAGGUCUCAUCAAUCAGAUGCAGAGACGACCAUGAGCCAGCCCCAGGACUGCAAAGCGCCUUCAGCUGAAAAGCCGAGAAACCCGCUUGGAAAAACACAGAAGAGACUUAUCAAGUUGCUUAAAGAAGGAAAGGCAGCCAGAGAUGUCAUAAUCGUUACAGGAGCGUUUCUUCUAUGUUAUCUUCCUUUGUGGGUAUCAGCUUGCUAUCGUACGUUCGGGGGAGAACUAUCCGUAGAGGUAAUAAUUUCAGUCCAUGGUAUUUAUGCCACCACCAUGAUCUGGAAUCCUAUUAUAUACUCUAUUCGUAAAAAAGAUUUUAGGCAAGCAGUCAGAAGGUUACUGAGGUUGUGA